GUAUUCAGUCAUUACUGUAAGUCGUUUUUUUUGUUUUGUUUUUUUGGGAUAGUGUCAGCUAAAUGUCCUAAAUGUAACCCCCAUAUUGCUGCGCUCUACGUGCUUAGAAUUUAAUUGUAAUAGUGUCCAUUGCAAUCUGCCAUCCCGCAAUUUAAGAAUGCAGUCGAGCGUUUACUUUUAAUGCUUUUACAAAAACUACUUUCAUGAAUUAACUCUUGACACAUUAACUGCUGAAAGUGUGGAAAGGCGUGCCAAAAUCACAAAUUCCGUUAACUUUGAGCAGUAGUAGUUAGACAAUGCUGUGUCUGAGCUACUAUCAUGUUGCAUGUAUUCUUCCGUUAGGCUACUGAUACGCAUGCGCCUGAGUAAUGCUAUUUGUGGUCACUGAAUUGGCCGAACACGCUGAGACUUUUUUAUUUUUAUUUGUUUUACAUUUAUGAUGGAUUUGUUAAUUAAAUCACCCUAAAUUAAACAUUUUGUAACAGUGUCACUCCCUGUUCCCUGAUUAUUGCUAUCACCCAUUUGUAAGCGUGAUAUAGUUCUUUCAUGAUUAUUUACGCUUCUCACAUUUUGUCAGCAGCUUUUUUGGCGUCAUUCAUCAAGACUCCUUUGUCUCAACAUGUUUGCAGUUUAAAAAAUGAAAUGCUACACAUUUUCUUUAACUCCGUUGUUGUAUGUUUAUCUUAUCCCCUUUGUAGUUUUGCUGAAAUUGCUCCAGAUUAUUUUACUGUAAUUUAGACCUGUAGUCUGGUUCCUAAACCUAUAUCUGUAUUAUAUAUUCGAUGUUUACACCCUUCGCUGACCAUAGAAACGGGCUACUAACGUCUACCGCGUGAAACAGCACCACCUACUGGACGCUGUUUUCAGACAGGUUCACGGCCUGCAGGUGAACUACGGUGUUAUCUGCAAAUCCAAAGACGGUUAAACCAUUUUUCCUUGAUCACUGAACGUAAGUGAAAAUAAUCAUAAUUCAGGAAAAAAAUUAGCUAGUCUGUGUUAUUAUACAGCCUACACAAAAUACUCCAUUUGGUGACUGUGAAACCUGUAGACCUAUUGCACAAAAAAGGGGUAGCCUACAUUCAACGUGUAGCUCAAUGGAAAAAAAAUAAACAAGAAAAACCGCAGGAAGUGUUUUGCAAGGUUGACGUGACUCUGCCGUGACAACCGGCCUGUUUUUACACCUUCCUUCUAAAUAAGGAAGCGACUAGUUUGACAUAUGACUACCGAUCCAAUUUCGGAGCUGCCAAGACUCUAUCACGUCCCAUGGUCGCCUAAUGGCAUCCCGCGAGCUUGCACUCUUCUUUGGCUCCCCUCGCGGACGGAGCGCGUUCAGCUUGAACCGGCUUGGCAUUGCUCCCGUGCACUUCGCCGCUUGUUUCGCGCUGGCGUGCAACUUUUCCCCCUGCCCCGUCAUCGGCGCUGCGUUACCCCGACGGGGGCAGCGGUGAAGUCAGAGUGAUGUCAUCUUAAGGACAGGCAAGGUGAGCUCGCGUUUUCGUGAGUGAGUGGUGCUCCCCACGCCAGCGUUGCCCACCGAGAGAGGCGCGGAGAAGCAAAACAUGGUAAUCAUCAGCACUGCCAGCUCAGUCUCCGCCGCGCUCUCUCCGUGCUGUUCCCCGCCACCGAGGGGCUGGCGUUACACGCCCGAAUCCCUGACCUGCGUUCCAAAAAUAAGCUUCUUCCACCAUGCCGAAGGAAGAAAAACAAGAAGAGUGGUAUUUUUAGGGGUAUUAAUUUUGACCACGUGCCCCGAAGGUAAACCGGAUGGCCAUUGCGCAAAAGCUCCUCAUCAGUAUGUCCUACGAGACCAGCACGCACUGGACGUUGACCGCGAUUGUUCUCCUGGGCUUUCUGGUCGGGAUUGUGUCAUCUUACCCUAUCUCAAGCAGGACUAAUGCAACUUCGUUGGAGAGAAGAUGGGAGACCCUGUUCUCCCGCUCCGUUUUGGGGAUCUCGGGUGAGAAAUCGGACCUAAACUGGGAGAGUGACUAUUUGCUGGGUAUCAAGAGAGUGCGGAGGCUGUACUGCAACGUGGGCAUCGGGUUUCACCUCCAGGUCCUCCCAGACGGAAGGAUAAACGGUGUACAUAAUGAGAACCAAUACAGUCUAAUAGAGAUCUCGACCGUAGAGCGAGGAGUGGUUAGUCUAUAUGGAGUGGAAAGCGAGCUGUUUGUCGCAAUGAGCAGCCGAGGAAGGUUAUACGGAACGAGAGUCUUUCAUGAUGAGUGCAAAUUCAAGGAGACAUUGCUUCCCAACAACUACAACGCCUACGAGUCUUCCAUUUAUAAGGGCUUCUACAUCGCCCUAAGCAAACAUGGCCGUCUGAAGAGAGGCUACAAGGCCACAACGGCUAUGACUGUCACACAUUUCCUCCCUCGAUUAUGAGCAAAACGGGCAAUAAUUCACUCAUUUUGCACAUGUUGGACAUUCUCGCAGGUAACUUAUUCAUACGUACAUGGCAAGGAAUGAACUGCAAAAGAACAAAUGAAACAAAACACUUAGCUUAAUAUUUAUUCUCGUUAAUGAAAUAUAUGUAUAUUUGGGUAGCGAACUUUGUGUCUGACCUACGUGUAAAUGCCAUUCUUUGCUGCUUGUCAUUUCUAUUAUGAUUAUAUGAGGGGCGUGGAGCUUUUUCUUGCCCCCUCUCUCUUUUUAUGGGUGCUUGCCAUAACUGGUGUGUGUAAAGCUUCCCCUGUCAUUGGAGUGACUAACAUCUCCAGCUUUCAGAAGUGAAAUGGAUAUGUUUUAUUACCUCAAAGAGCCACGUCCGGACUGAAAAGGUGUGCAUGAUUCACGCAGGGAAGGGGAAAAAAGGAAAGAGAGAAAUAUCCGUUUACUUUAAUAAUCUGUUCCACCAUUUUGCAAACGGGACAGGGACACUUGAGAGUGCUGGUUCUGUUUCUUGCAUGGUUAGGUGGUGCCUUAGCUUCCUUAACUGUGGUUUCUUUUAAACUUGCAUGCGACAUCUUGCUGUCAGAAACAGAGGCGUCCCUCCUUGGGGGCUUUAGCCCAGUUUUGCAAGUAGCUUCACUUCAUAUUGUUUUCAUACUUGGAACAGUCAGUUCUGGGAGAAUCUGGGGUCUGCCAGCUGUCUGAGGAGCUUGCAUGCCUCUGCACUGGGAGCUGCAGCUGAGAAGGGGCCUUUAUCCUCCAUAGUGAGGGGGGAGUUCAAGUCUGGGUGUUUCUGAUGACGGCUAAUCCCAAAUGAAAGGUUAGGGUGCAUCCGUUUGAUCUUCUUUAGCAGGGCCAAUGACCUCAGGACUGGACGUGUUUCCUGUUUAUGUAGUAUCAAGUAAGAGAAAGGGAAAUUGAGUUGAUCUUGGCAUUUUAUGAGCCGGGAUUGAUUUCUAGUGUAGUUAUUUUCUGAGUAUGGAAACUUUGCUCAUUUAGUCAGUUUGAGAAAAGCAACACAUUAAGACUACAAAAACUGGCACUUAGUCAACGAGGAUCAUUUGUUUUAGUUGUUUUCCCUGUUGUAGGUUAUGUUACUGGUUAAGCUCCAUGAUCUCUAUGUUAUGGCUCAUGUCUGCCCACAUAUACGUAUUUGCUGUGUGAUGUCACUAAAUGCGAACUGCAGACUAAAUGCCAAAUUUCACCUCAAACACAUUCUGAAAUCUAAAAACCAACAGGACUGUCUGUUUAAGAUCUAUACUAUGUGUGAAUACUAGGUCCUUGGUCAAAUACCAGAGCAGAAUGUCAGCUGACUGAGCUAACAAAAUUCAGGCAUCUUCAAGUCCAAUUAUUUUAUUAGCUUAAGAGUUUAAGUCAGGGUAUUAAGAGUACUUGAACUUGGAAUAUAUAUUUAGAACCCUUCCCCUCACCUGACCCUCACCUAAGCACCCCCCCCCCCCACACACACACACACACACACAAACAAACAAACACAUAAACUACCAUCUCUAUGUCGACUCUAAAAAAAUACAGCAUGAACAAGCCAUGGCUAGAGCUGAGAUGGGGAAAUUAUUCCCAUUUGCAAUUCUAGAACAGAUGACUGCUGCGUUUGGUUUAACGUACUCAGGUGUACGGUUGUUGCCGGUGACUGGCCUGUGGUGCGAUUGUUGUCAGCUUGCUGCAGGACCUCUGCACGAGCCGAGACGAGCUCUUAGGGGGCACCUGGGCCUGCAGAGCUCCUGCUGGCCAGACUGCUCCCACAGUGCCCGCUGCUGAGAACACGUCGGCUUACACGGCACAGAGAGCCACCUGUCCGACUUGGCCCUCUCCUGCACCGCUGCUCCUGACAGCACGUGCUGGGCAAAGCAGCGAACAUGGACGAAAAUGUCCUUGACUCUGCUAACGAGAGAAAAAGGUGACUUUUUAUUAUGUUUAGCAAGCUAUCUGGUUUAUAAUGACUACAUGUUUUAUAUACACAGUGUAAUCCAAAAUGCUUAUAUAUAUGGUUCUUCCCUCAAAAGCAACAAUGACAGCUUUAGUGACAUUUUUGGCAUUAUAUAAAGCUGGUCAUGACGGAUUCUGAACAACUAUGCUUUUCUAAUUCAUUGUACCCUAAUAUAGGCAUGCAAUAUAAUUGUUCUUGAUACAAAAUAGUCAGAAUUACUGCAUUUUAAUGUAUGUGAUUAUUGAUUUUAAUCUUUUAAAAUUAAUCGCUCAUUUCGUCCUGUCCGUUAUCAGCAAGGGACUAUCCGGCAGUGAUUAUUGCUGACAUUGACAGCAAGAGGUGUGAAAAGCAUCCAGCAUGGUUUCAGUGCAUAAUUGUGAGCAAACAUGUUGUAUCUAGAAGAUAAACCUUCCUAAAGUAGUUAAGCAUUAACCACCAAGCUACAGAAAUGGCUGUCUGUUGCAAGUUUUAUUGGAUUUCUUGUACUGUACUCACUGCAUCUGCAGCUUUGGAAUGGUGCCCCCUAGUGGCGUGAGAGAUCCUAGCGAGUGAAGGGUCGUGCAUGUGUUCCUGCGUGUCUGCAGCCUCUUGUAGUGUUCCCGGUUUUGUAUUCCUGCACUGAGGGGACUGUGCUUCCUCCAAAUUCCCCUCCUCUUUUUUAACAUAUACCUCACCUUUUGCCUUAGUUCCGAUUUGUUGAAAUGAUUGUAGGACGACAAACUUUUCGCCAAUCAUUUUGUUCCUAAAAAAAUAUUAAUGAGUCAGAGUUCUAAUAUAUUAAGAAAAUGUUUUCCUUUUAUUUUUGUACGUAUGUGCUGUGCACAGCAGUCAACUGUAUUACUGAGAUAAUAAUAAAAGUUUGUUUUGUA